AAAGGAAAAAAAAUUUGUCUAUAAAAGCCCCACUCGUCCUUCGUUCCAUUCGCACUCUCACUUCUCACUUCCAUUCGGAAAAACAAAACAACUUGUUUUGUCCUCGGUGUUAGUCGGUGAUCUUCUUGGAGAUCGUUAUUCACCCUCCCUCACCUUGUCUGAUCUCAUCUGGUUUUCCCCUUUUUCUUCUGAUUUUGUUGAUAGAAGAUUGCAGAGAUGGAUAUUUUGCAUUUCUUGUUUGGAAUUUUUGGAAAUGCCACUGCUCUGUUCCUCUUCUUGGCACCAAUAGUUUUCCCAUAUCUAUAUUAUGCAUAUCUGUGUUCUGCAAAAAAUUGUAGAAUAACAUUCAAGAGGAUAAUAAAAGGGAAAUCAACAGAGCAAUUCUCAGGCAUUCCAUACGUUAUGACUUUGCUCAAUAACCUCCUUUCGGCCUGGUAUGGGCUUCCAUUCGUGUCGCCUCACAACCUGCUCGUGUCGACGGUUAACGGGACAGGGGCAGUGAUUGAGUCCACAUAUGUGUUGAUUUUCCUGAUAUAUGCACCGAAGAAGGAGAAGGUUAAGAUUGCGGGACUCCUCACGUUCAUUGUGGCCGUCUUCGCGGCGGUCGUCCUGGUUUCCCUGUUUGCCCUCCAUGGCAGCGGCAGGAAGCUCUUCUGCGGUCUCGCUGCCACCAUCUGCUCCAUCAUCAUGUACGCUUCGCCCCUUUCAAUCAUUAGGACAGUGAUUAAGACAAAGAGUGUAGAGUUCAUGCCAUUUUUCCUGUCGCUGUUUGUGUUCUUGUGCGGCACUUCCUGGUUCGUCUUUGGCCUCCUUGGCCGCGACCCUUUUAUCGCUGUGCCAAACGGGUUCGGGUGCGGGCUCGGGGCAGUGCAGCUGAUCCUGUACGCGAUCUACCGCGACGUGAAACGCGAAGCGGGUGCAGCCGGGCCCCAGAAGAAAUCGGGUUCUGCUGACGUGUCAUCUGUGGAGAUGGGCUAUGCAAAUGGGGCCCGCCAAGAUCCCCAGAAGCAGUACUCAUCCAACGGCCCAGAUUAUGUCUAGCUCGGCAUCAAUUGAUCUAUAUGGACACACGUGUACGGCUGGGGUUCAACCCUACUAGCAUGCGUGUAAUACAUGUAGCCAAUCCAAUCCCUAGCUCUCUUUUUUUUCUGAUUUUUUUUUUUUAUAUAAUUUUGGAGUUUGGGUUUUGGUUUAUAUCGCGAGAAUUAAUGUGUGCUCAAUGCAAUUAUAUAAUAGAAAUAAUUAAAAAUA